AUAUUACGUCAAGCCGCCAUGUUUGGGAGGAUUGUAAACAGGUUUCCUUUAGCUAAAGUCGACUAAAAUAUAUGAUAGAAGAAGAAAAUAUUUGACCAUUGAUUAGUAACUGAAAAUAAUCGUUGAAGAUGGCAGGAGUCCAUCAAGUUUUCGACACGCCUCCGCAACCAGCACGAUAUGUUUACAAUUCUGAAAAGCACCCAAGAGAGACUCUUGAGAUGAUCAGUGUGCUUCGGAAACACAGAGAACUAUGCGACGUAGUUAUCGUAGUUUCAGACACCAAAAUAUUUGCCCAUCGAAUUGUCUUAUCUGCUUGCAGUCCUUAUUUUCGUGCUAUGUUCACUGGAGAACUUGCGGAGAGCAGGCAGACAGAAAUCACGAUUAGAGACAUUGACGAGCGAGCUAUGGAACAAUUAAUAGACUUUGCAUAUACAUCUGUUGUUACUGUUGAGGAGAGCAAUGUUCAGACAUUGUUGCCAGCUGCUUGUCUGCUACAACUAGGUGAAAUUCAAGAGGCUUGUUGCGAAUUUUUGAAACGCCAGUUAGAUCCUUCGAAUUGUCUUGGAAUCCGAGCAUUCGCUGACACACAUUCAUGUAAAGAACUCUUGAGGGUUGCAGAUAAAUUUACACAGUUGAAUUUUCAACAGGUAAUGGAAAGUGAGGAAUUUAUGUUGUUACCUGUUGGUCAGCUUAUUGAAAUUAUUGGUAGUGAAGAAUUAAAUGUCAGAACCGAGGAGCAAGUAUUUGCAGCCUGCAUAGCCUGGGUGAAAUACAACUUAGUAGAAAGGCGGCACCUUAUUUCACAGGUGAUCCAACAUGUACGUUUACCAUUGUUAACUCCAAAAUUCCUAGUCGGUACCGUUAGUUCAGACAUUUUGAUUCGUAGUGAUGAGGCUUGUCGAGAUCUGGUUGAUGAAGCAAAGAAUUACUUGCUCCUUCCGCAAGAGCGGCCCCUAAUGCAGGGUCCGAGGACAAGACCUAGGAAGCCUAUCAGAUGCGGAGAAGUACUGUUUGCAGUUGGUGGUUGGUGUAGCGGUGAUGCAAUAGCUAGUGUUGAAAGGUAUGACCCUCAAGCAGGAGAAUGGAGGAUGGUGGCAGCCAUGAGUAAGAGAAGAUGCGGCGUUGGUGUUGCGGUGCUUGAUGAUCUGCUAUAUGCUGUGGGAGGACACGAUGGUUCCUCAUAUUUGAAUAGCAUUGAAAGGUAUGACCCACAAACUAAUCAAUGGAGCAGUGACGUUGCCCCAACAAGUACGUGUCGGACGAGUGUAGGUGUAGCUGUGCUCGAUGGUUACCUAUACGCCGUUGGAGGUCAGGAUGGUGUCUCAUGCCUCAACAUUGUAGAAAGAUAUGAACCCCAUGCUAACCGAUGGACCAGAGUAGCAUCGAUGAGUACAAGGCGCUUAGGAGUUGCUGUAGCUGUUCUUGGCUCCUACCUCUAUGCUGUUGGUGGAUCUGAUGGUACCUCUCCUUUAAAUACAGUGGAGAGAUAUGAUCCUCGUAUGAAUAAAUGGACACCAGUAGCGCCAAUGGGAACAAGAAGAAAACACUUAGGGUGCUCCGUAUUCAAUGACAUGCUGUACGCAGUAGGCGGAAGGGAUGAUCAGACGGAAUUGAGCAGCGCUGAACGAUAUGAACCGGCAUCCAAUACAUGGAAGCCGAUAGUAGCAAUGAAUUCUAGACGAAGUGGGGUGGGUUUGGCUGUGGUCAACGGACAGCUAAUGGCUGUUGGCGGUUUUGACGGAACAACGUAUUUAAAAACGGUUGAGGUAUACGACCCUGACAGUAAGUCAUGGAGGAUGUGUGGCAAUAUGAAUUUUAGACGAUUAGGAGGUGGCGUCGGAGUUGUGAAGCUUCCACAGUCUGACACACAUCUUUGGACGUAGCGUUUACUGGCAUAGCUAGUGCUAAUAUUGUUUGGUGCAACAGCGCUAAUAUUACUUGGUGCCCAAAGCUAGUGCUAAUAGUAGAUUGUGCCACAAAGCUAGUAGUAUUUGGUGCCAAAAUACUGAUAGUGUUUAUCAUGACAAAUUCUAAUGGUGUUAGUUGCCACAGCACUAAUAGUGUUUGGUGCCACAGCGCUAAUAGUGUUUAGUGCCACAGCACUAGUGUCUGUGGUCCCACAGCAUCAAUAGUUGUUCAACAAUGCUAUCAAUAUUUUUGGUGCCACAGCCAUUGAAGUUGGUAGUGUUUUGAACUACUGCACUCUUAGUGCCACAGUCCUUGCUACCAGUUGAAACUGACUGUACGCCAUGUUUAUGACAUGAUAGCCAACUAUGCGAUGGAUAAGUCAAGAUCGUUAUUCAUAAGCAUGAAUGCAGACCAUCAAAAUUGUUGCAAGAUUAUUGAAUUCUAUCUACGAAUUAAAUUUUUCUUAAAGACUGCCUACUCUUCAUAUUUUAUGAUGGCUAACAAAUAUACAAACAAUAUUGGUAAUCAUGAUCAUUGGGACAUUAAUAUCAUGUGUUUGUGAGUUGAGAAAGAGGUUAGGAUAUUUUUCUUUGCAUGCAAGUACAUAUAAUUGUUACCACAAAGUAUAUGUAUGUAAUGUAAUAGGGUUUGCAUCUCAUAGGAAUGGCUCUGUCUGCUGUUAUUCUACACUGUUAAAUAGCAUGUUACUCCAUAGCAAACUUUAAGUAUUACACAAAGACAGGAUUAGAUUGAGAUUCAUUGUUGCAUAGCAUAUGAUGAUAAUCAUGGUCUUGAUCAUUAUGACAUUAUGAUCAUGACAACGAUAUCUUAUCAUCGUCAUCACCAUGCUAUACAAACAACCCUCUGCUACUUACAAUUAUUUAUUUAAAUAUGUUUUUUUUUAAAUAUUUUUACAAUUCUUCAAACCUGUAAAAAUUAAAUUAGAAUGAAGCUCCCUCUAGAGCUUAAGUUUGAGACUUGUGUUCUAUCAAAAUCAAGCUCCUGUUGAAUAUAGUUUCUAAAAUUCAUACCACAUGUCAAGGUGAAUUAGUAUUACGACAGGAAGUUGGUUGUUUGAUUGUAAAAUUUCAUGCGGGAAAAGAAAUUUUGUUUGAUUUAUUUUGUUGCUUCCGUUGUUCUGUCGGUUAUUUGUAUGUGAUUGAAUAUGAAUUAUUGAUGAGGAUAUUAUGGUGAACAAAUUGGCUGAUAAUUAAGUCAUGAACAGACAGAAAUUGUAGUAACAUAAAUUAAAAUUGCAAUAUUGCAUUACUUGGUAUAUGGA